AAAAGAAAAGGAAUGGGAGGCUGGCCAAAAGGCAAGAAACGAAAGCCGACUCCAGAUGUCACCAUGCCCAGAAAACCAAUGACUGGGUAUGUGAUAUUUGCAUCGCAGAGAAGACAGCAGAUUAAACUGACCAAUCCUGAGCUGUCAUUUCCAAUUGUCACUAAGCAGAUGGGGCAAGAGUGGUCACACAUGAGGGAGGAUGAGAAACAGAGAUAUUUAAAAAUGGCUCAGGAAGACAAGCAAAGAUACAUAAAUGAGAUGCAAGAAUUCCAGAAAUCUGUACAAUUCCAGACAUACCUGAAAAACAAACGAAGCAACAGUGAUCUCGACCCUUGCCUAACAGAAGAUGGAAAAGGACUUAUAGAUAUUGAGGUGGAUGAUGACAUGAAUGAGUUGUACUGUAAAGUGUGUAACCAGUAUUUUAUUUCUGCACAUAACAAAAAAGAACAUAUGUUUGGUAGACAGCAUUUACAGAAUAUUACAAAUGAGAUUAUUCAAGCUGAACAACUGAUACUAUCCACAGACAACAUAGAUCCAACCAUAACUAUUACAGAAAAAUCUCAAGAUACUUUGCUAAGAAAGGACAGCUCACUAAAUAUAAGUGAAUUUAUACAGGAAUUUAUGUCCAAAAAUAGUGAAAGAGAAAAAGAAAUUAUAGUUCUGAGAAAAUCUCAUAAAAGUUCUUUAGAAGAUAACUACGAGAUGUCAAAACAAGUUAAAGAAUUAGAGGAAUAUGAGAGUAAGCUUGACCAGGAUCUAGGUAGUUUAAAAGCAUAUGGUGCCUCAUUAGCUGCUCAAGUUGAUGCUUUGAAGAUGGUGCCCACAUUGUUUGGUGUAAUCAACUUUUGAGAUAUGCAUAUUUUGUUAGGCAUAUUUUGUUAGAAAUACAGCAUAUAUUUGAUAUAUAUAUCAUCCCCCAUCAAAAAGACAUCGUGAAAUAUGGUUAUAGUCUAUUAGUUUCCAUCUGCCUGUCUCUCAUUUUUGUCUGGAGUAUGUGAGAUAUUGGCUUGAAACUUCAUGGGCAACUUUGACCUUUAUUAUACCCCCACCACAAAAUGUGUGGGGGGUGCUAUAAUGGAUUUGCUUUGUCGUGUCGGUCUGUCCGUCUCCAUUAUCGUGUCAGCUCUAUAAAUCCUAUACCAAUUGAAGGAUUUUCUUCAAACUUGGCUCAAAUGUUCACCUCAACAAGGGGUAUGUGCAGAACCCAUGUUGACCAUGUGUCAGCUCAAGGUCAAGGUCACAAUUGAAGGUCAAAUAUCAAACAAUCAAAUAUUAUUAUGUUUUGUCCGCUCUGCAAGUCCUACACUAAUUGAAAGAUUUUUUUUCAAUCUUGGCUCAAAUGUUCACCUCAACAAGGUAAUGUGCAGAACCCAUGUUACCCUUUUGCUGGCUUAAGUUCAAGGUCACACUUAAAGGUCAAAAAUUGACUUAGAAAAAAUUCUUAAAUAUUAUCAUGACUGUAUUUGAAUAUUUCUGAAACUAGAAAAGGUAUUUGCUUGAAACUUAAAAUAUGUAUGAAGUGUCACAAUUUAGAUAUGCAGGUCAAGUUUCAUAACUCUGUAUUGCAUUUUGAUAAAGUUAUGCCCCUUUUUAAGUCUUUAAAUUUACAUACAAUAAAUACUAGACGAUGUCAUGUCUGCUCUAUAAAUUCUAUACUUAUGGAAGGAUUUUUUUCAAACUUGACUCAAAUGUUCACCCAAACUGGGCAAUAUGCAGAACCCAUCUUACCCUUGUGCCAGCUUAAGGUCAAGGCCACAUUUGAAGGUCAAAAAUUGACUUAGAAAAUGUUCUGAAAUUUUAACAUGUACUUGAAUAUUUCUAAAACUAGAACAGAUAAUCAUUUGAAACUUCAAAUAUAUACGAGAAGAUAUGCAGGUCAAAUUUCAUAACUUAAAAAAGAUGGGGGGUGAUAACUUUGUAUUGCAUUUUGACAAAGUUAAGUCCAUUUUUAUGUCUUUAAAUUUAUUUACUAUAAUAUUAAAAUUUCUUAAACCAGAACAAAUAUUCACUUGAAACUAUGUAAUAUAUAAAGGGUCACAAGUAAGCUCGGUAUGCAAAGUUUUUCCACUCUUAAUUAUACCCCCGAAACGAAGUUUGGGGGGGGGGGGAUAUAGGAGUCACUCGGUGGUCGGUCGGUCCAGCGGUCCAUUGCAUUUUCUUUGUCCGGAGCAUAACCUGAAGACUAAUGGUUGGAAUUCAAUACAACUUCAUACAAUGAUCAAGCACAUUGAGAGGAAGUGCAGUGCACAAGAACCAUAACUCCAUCUUCACUUAUUACAGAGUUAUUUCCCUUUGUUACUUUUCCUUGUCCGGAGCAUAAAUUGAAAACUACUGGUUGGAAUUCAAAACAACUUCAUACAAUGGUCAAGCACAAUAAGAGGAAGUGCAGUGCACAAGAACCAUAACUCUAUCUAAAGUAAUAACAGAGUUAUUGCCCUUUAAUACUUUUUCCAUUGCUUUCUUUUGUCCGGACCAUAACUUGAAGACUAAUGGUUGGAAUUCAAUACAACUUCAUACAAUGGUCAAGCACAAUAAGAGGAAGUGCAGUGCACAAGAACCAUAACUAUGUCCAUAGUAAUUAUAGAGUUAUUGCCCCUUGUUACUUUUCCUUUUGCUUUUUUCUUGUCAAGAGCAUAACUUGAAAACUGCUAGUUGGAAUUCAAUAUAAUUUUAUACAAUGGUCAAGUAUAUUGAGAGAAAGUGCAGUGCACAGAAACCAUAACUCUUUCUUGACUCUUUUUUAAAGAGUUUUUGCCCUUUGUUACUUUUUAUUGUCCAGUGCAUAACUUGAAAAUUAGUGGUUGGAAUUCAAUGAACUUCAUAAAAUGGUCAAGGGCAGUGAGAUGAAGUGCAGUGCACAAGAACCAUAACUCUAUUUUGACUAAUUACAGUUAUUGCCCUUUGUUACUUUUUUUGUCCAGUGCAUAACUUUGUUACUUUUUUGUCCAGUGCAUAACUUGAAAACUAGUUGUUGGAAUUCAAUACAACUUUAUACAAUGGUCAAGCCCAAUAAGAGAAAGUGCAGUGUACAAUAACCAUAACUCCAUCUUCAGUAUUUGUAGAGUUAUUGCCCUUUGUUCUUUUUCCUUGUCCGAUUGCUUACAUAAAAACUAAUGUUUAGAAUUUAAUGCAACUUCAUAUAAUGGUCAAGCGCAAUGAGAGGAAGUGCAGUGCUCAAGAAGCGUAACUUUUUCUAUACUUAUUACAGAGUAAUUCAAUAAAACUUAAUCAAUGGUCAACCACAUUGAAAGGAAAUGCAACAUACAAGAACCACAACUAUCUUUAAUUGCCCACAACCAUAACUCUAUUUAAAUUAUUUUGAAAGGUACCGUAUAAGUACUUAUUUCUGAGGGCUUAAUAUUCUGCGAUUUUUGUUAAAAUAGGGGGUUUUUAAUUUCUGCGUAUUUUAUUUUUGCGUUGUCAUCAUUCUCGCAUUGGUGCUUUUUAUUUCUGCGUAUUAAUUAAGAUAUUUUUACAAAAUUAACCUACACAAACAGACAACAUUUCAAGAUUUGUUGAUGUAACAUGUACAUUACUUCCGGUUAACAUGCAGACGACUGACAAUGUAUUUCAUUGUAAUCAUCAUGUAUCGGCAUAUACAUGUUAAAACCUGCAAUGCUAACAAUUUUAAUGCUGUGUAUAAAUAUGAAGUGUGAAUAAUAAACAAUUGCAAAAUUGCACGUAGACACAAGAUAUUGUACAAAUACAAAAGGGUAUGUUUAUUGCACCCGUCAAACUACAAUAGUCUGAUUUUACAAGGAAAUCAAGCUAACGGUGAGAGAAAAUCAUACAACAUUUAUUUAAACAAAGAGAACAAGCAAAGUAACAUUUUUUUCUAAUAUUUUAUUCACGACAGAUACAUUAAGAACAAUUCCCAACUACAAUAGCUGAUAAAGGUACAUGUUAAUGUAAUUAUACAAUACCGGUAGUUGAUAUAUUCCGAUAUAUACAUACGAAAAGGCUUAUUUUUUUGCGGUUUUUAAAUCUGCGGUGUCGUAAUGAACCGCAGAAAUAGCAGAAAUAAAGUUUCCGCAGAAAAUAGUACUUAUACGGUAUUCUGUUACUAGUGACUUCCUUAUUUCCGAAGCAGUCUUGCGGGGAUAUUAAUCACUUUUAGUGAUAGUUCUAGUUACAUUUUGACAUAGUUAUUCUUUUUUCUUAACUUAACUGCUUUUGUUUGUUUUAGUACAUUGGGAAAAUGAAAGGUUUUUCGAACAUGAUUUGACAAUUUAUAUAUAUACUAUUACCUGUACAUUUUGUUUUUUUUUUCACCAGAGAUAAUUUCUUUUUAUGUAUAUGUAUUUGUGCCAGUAAAGUUAUUCCCUUAACCACCUUUCAAAGUCGUCUUUUGGGGCAUCCGUGGCCGAGUGGUUAAGGUCGUUGACUUCAAACCAAUUGCCCCUCACCGCUGUGGGUUCGAAUCCCGACAGGGACUUUGGAUUCUUUCAUGUGAGGAAGCUAUCCAGCUAGCUUACGGAAUGUCGGUGGUUCUACUCAGGUGCCAAUUCGUGCCUGAAAUAAUGCACGGAAGGGCACCUGAGGUCUUCCUCCACCAGCAAAGCUGGAACGUCGCGAUAUGACCUAUACUGUGUCGAUGUGAAGUAAAACCCAAAACAAACAAAACAAAAGUUGUCUUUUGUCAAGGACAUUGGUGGGGGUAUGAAUCGCAUUCAGCGAUAGUUCUAGUUAAUUAUACCUGUAUACUUAUUCUGAUUUUAUUAUAAAAUGUGCAAUACUUUUUUCUUUAAAUGUUUUCAAGCACCAAUUGUUUAUGUUGGUGUCAUUUGUAUUUGAUUUCAGUUUUUGUUUAAAAUGUUUUGAAAGCAGCAAACCUCAUGAUUUAUGCCAAUUUUAUUAUGCCCCCGCCAUAAAAUGGCUGGGGCAUACAGUGUUACCUUGUUCCGUCAUUCCGUCCUUCCCUCAUUCUGUCAUUCCGUUCAUUAUCUUAGUAACGGUUGCACACAUUCAACUUAAAUUUGACGUAUGGAUAUAUCAUGAGAAAAUACUGGUCAAGUUCGAAUUUGGUCAUGGUCCGGUGAUUUUUGAUGAAAUUUUCAGUUUCACUUCAUUAUCUCCCCAACGGUAUUACACAUUCAACUCAAAUUUGACAUAUGGAUAUGUCAAAGAAAUGCGCAGGUCAAGUUCAAUUUGGUCAUUGUUUGAUGAUUUUUGGCAAAGUUAUGCCCCUUUCACUUUGAAAAUAAUAAGAAAUGUUCGGUUUCCGUUCAUAAUAUAUCCCCAAUAGUUAUACAUAUUCAACUCAAAUUUACAAUAUGGAUAUGUCAAAGGAAUGCGCAGGUCAAGUUCGAAUUUGGUCAUGGUUCGUUGAUUUUGCAGAGUUAUGCCCCUUUUCACUUUGAAAGUAAUAUGAAAUGUUCAGUUUUACUUCAUUAUCUCCUCAACGGUAUUACACAUUCAACUCAAAUUUGACAUAUGGAUAUGUCAAAGAAAUGCGCAGGUCAAGUUCAAUUUGGUCAUGGUUUGAUGAUUUUUGGCAAAGUUAUGCCCCUUUCACUUUGAAAAUAAUAAGAAAUGUUCGGUUUCCGUUCAUAAUAUAUCCCCAAUAGUUAUACAUAUUCAACUCAAAUUUACUAUAUGGAUAUGUCAAAGGAAUGCGCAGGUCAAGUUCGAAUUUGGUCAUUGUUGUUGAUUUUGCAGAGUUAUGCCCCUUUCACUUUGAAAUUAAUAUGAAAUGUUCAGUUUCCGAUCAUUAUCUCCCCAACGGUAUUACACAUUCAACUUAAUUUUGAAAUAAAGAUAAGUCAAAGGAUGCACAGGUUAAUUUCAAUUUGGUCAUGGUUUGAUGAUUAUUGGCAGAGUUAUGCCCCUUUCACUUUGAAAAUAAUAUGAAAUUUUAAGUUUCCAUUCAUUAUCUCCCCAACGGUAUAACACUCAACAAAAAUUUACAUAUGGAUAUGUCAAAGGAAUGCGCAGGUCAAGUUCAAAUUUGGUUAUGAUUCGAUGAUUUUUGGUAGAGUUAUGCCCCUUUCACUUUGAAAAUAAUAUGAAAUUUCCAGCUUCCGUUCAUUAUCUCCCCAACGGUAUUACACUCAACAAAAAUUUGACAUAUGGAUAUGUUAAAGGAAUACGCAGGUCAAAUUCAAAUUUGGUCAUGGUUCCAUGAUUUUUGGCAGAGUUAUGCUGCUUUCACUUUGAAAAAAAAGGAAAUUUUCAGUUUCCGUUCAUUAUCUCCCAAAUAGUUGUACAUAUUCAACUCAAAUUUAGCGUAUGGAUAUGUUAUAAGAAUACAAUGGUCGAGUUUGAAUUUGGUAAUUGUUUGAUGAUAGCUGACAGAGUUAUCCCUCUUGAACUUAUAAAAUAAUAUGAAACUUUCGGAUUCUGUUCAUUAUCUCCCUCAUAGUUAUACAUAUUCAACUCAAAUAUACUAUAUGGAUACGGCAGAGUUUCACUAGAUUUAAUAUGAAAUUUACAGUUUCCGUUGAUUAUCUCUCCAACGGCAUUACACAUUCAACUCAAAUUAAACAUAUGGAUACGUGAAACAAAUGGACAGUUCAAUUUUGAAUUUGGUCAUGGUUAGAUGAUUUUUGGCAGAGUUAUGCCCCUUUAUUUUAUGUUUGGAUUACUGAUUUAUCCGUGAAAAUUUUAUUUGAUGAUUUCACAGUGAAAAUUAUCAAAAUAUAAUUUCACACUUUUCAAACUACUUUCUUAAGACUUUCCCCAUGUGGUACCUAAAUUUUAUUUUUGCUGUCAAUUCUGACAAUGUCAGGCUGUUCAGAGAAAAGCAAAGCUGAAAUUUAUAAAUAACUUAAAUGUCAAAAGUAAUUAAAAGAAGAAAACUUACUUCUAUUCAUUCAAAUUACCAAUCACAAAAUAUCGUCUCUUAUUUUUUUGUUUCAUUUUUUCUGUCUGAAAAAUACAUUCCUUCCACAUGCAAAACUGCUCUUGAUGACAUUUGGGCAUAUUUAAAUAUCCUACGAGCAAUAUCUGCCGUUUGCUUUAUGAAAACUUGAAAUAGAUACAUCUUAGGAAUAAGCAGUUCAAGUUCGAAUUUGAUCGUGGUUUAAUGAUUUUGGACAAAGUUGUCUCUCUUGAAUGUUGGAAAAAAAAUUGAAUUUUCAGUUUCAGCACUUAUACUUUUGUGGAAAUGUAUGUAGUUAUUAUUUUGGCUACAAAUGUGCAAUAUGCAAUUUACAAUUAUAGGUAAACACUGAAUAGUUUCUGUGCCUUGAACUUUUGUAUAAAAAUGGUUUGUGUUUAGGGCUUUGAAUUUAAAAUGAAAAAAAAAGUUUUUGCAAACAAAUUUGGAACUAAAUAUUGUAACAUCUGAAAUUUUGGCUGCAUGCGGGGGCAUCCGUGGGGUGACGACACAUUUCUAGUUAUGAAAAGAAUCAGAUUUUUUUAUUUAGGAGAAACGUUUGUGCAGUGGAUUAACGAUUUAUACAAUAAAAACAUAAAAAAUACUAUAAAGCCACAGAAAUUAAAGAUCCUGUAACACAAUUUUUUCAUGGUUUUAUUUCAUAAAUAUGAUGCUCAAAUUAAGAUUUGUCAAUAUUGUAAGUUCCAAUAAGCAUUAUUUAUAAAGAUAUUACCCAAUUUAACAUUUUAUGUAAAUAAAGGGAGGUAAUUAGAAAUAUAUUUUCUAUAAAUUCUAAGUCAAAUUUUCCAAUAAGAAAUGAAUGCCUGUAAUUUAUUGAUUAAAUAUAAUGUGCACAAAUAUUUGCAGUACACAUUUUACAUAUUCUUCAAUGUUUGAAAAUUGUUUUAUUUGCAUAAAUAUGUACAUAUAUAAUUUUUGCUAGUGUGGUAUUCAUACAGUAAAAAUAUCAAUCACAGAACAUACAGGAUCUUUAACAUUCUGCUUCAAAUUAUGCAGGAAUAACCGCAAGAGUAUAGUUAUGAUAUUGAAUUUUAUUGAAAACAAUUCAUAUUCUACAUAAAGCAUACCAUUUGUCACUUUGAUCAUGAAUAUAAAUAUAUAUUAUAUGCAUUUCUUAUGUUCUUAAAGAAGAUAAAAACAUAAAAUUUGACAUUAUUUUAUGGAAUCAACUAGUGUAAUUUUAAUGGAACAAUAUGCAGUAGAUAAUAAAGAAAUAAACAUGGAA